CCCUCACGCUUCAACUUUGCUCAUUACCGCUCGGUCCGUCACUCCCUUCCUCCUCCCUCUUUUUCUCCCCCCCUCUCCAAUCUCUCUUUCGCCGGCUCGACGCCAUUUUCUCUUUCGGCUUUCCGCCAUCUUCAGCAUGCCCGAAGCCCGCUCUCCGUCCAAGCGCCUGUCCUCGCUCUUCGCCUUCCUCCGCCCACGCAAGAGCAAGGACAAGAGCGACUCGGGCAGUUUCCGCUUCUCGGCCCGCAGCCGGACGACGACGCCCGCGCCGCCGUCCGUCGCCGAAAAGCCCCCCUCCCCCCUCUCUCCGUCCGCGACGUCGCUCGUCUCGCCCGCGACCCUCGCGCCCCCAACCCUCGCUAGUCCCGUCUACGACGCGUCCCACACCUCCUCCGCCACCAUGUCAAGAAUGAGCGGACUGAACGAGGUCGACGUCGCAAAGUUUCCUCUGCCCCCCGACGCCCUGCCCCCCUCCUCCUCCUCCUCUCCCUCCGCGACCUCGGCCACCGCCUCCCCCGCCGUAAAGGAAGAGAGACAGCGCGUCGUCACCCGCUCAGAGUCCACCCCCGUCUUCUCCCUCGACCACCACACGCUUGACCUCACCCUCUCCAACCCCGCCUCGCCCCGCGCCCCCGCCCCCCAUCCGCCUUCGCACCCUUCCUCCCCCCGCCCCAGCACCAGCUUGAAGCAGCCCGGGUUCCUGCGCCGCGCCAGCAUCGCCGGCCUGCGCCAAACCCCCAAGUCGCGCCCACAGAGCCUCCUCCCCCCUGCGCCUAUACCCCAAAUCGACCUCAAGUUUGACGUCGGCCGCAUGGACGUCGACUUUGCACAGGCCAAACAGAGCCGCUCGACCUCCACCCUGUAGCACGGUCCGCUCGC